GGCCGUAGAGUGGGCGGAUCAGAGCGCUGCGUUGUGUCAGAGGUAUCAUAGCGGCCGGAACCGUCAGAGGAAGAGAGGGGAGAUCGUGCGUGUGCGGUGAUACUGGCACUGACAGCCCGAAUUCAAUGAACAGCUCGCCUGGUUCCUCUUGGAAUAUACGUCGCACAUUUAUGGCGAUUCGGCGCAUAAGCACAGAAUACUGCCAGGCUCAGCACAGCGUUGGUGCAGACAAGUGAGCAGAGAGGCCUCUCGGUGACCCACCUGAGCCCACCCAUCCAUGUCCUGCACUCACACUCGCCAACCGCAGAAAAGCAUAUGGGCGUUCUAACUUAUUAUUUCACCUCACAGCCGCAUAUUUUUCACUACUUUUUAUUUUUUCCUUUUGUGAAGGGAAGAAUCGUACGGGGGAAAUCUUCUCCUUUAAUGAGUGCCUCAUUGCUGUAGGGACCAUUGGUCACUAUAGACGCGCAUAUAUAUUUUUUUUUUCCCAAGCUCUCUUCCCCCUUACUAGAAGUAAUGUGAGGGAUAUCUCUUGGAUGCUCUACUGCAUCCCACGAAAAUUGGUCACAAAACUAACAUCUCUCAAUUGGGACUUUGCAAUAACAGAGUAACCUUUUCCACCUGCAAAUAUAUAAAUAUAUUUUUCUUUGUAGAAUUUUUUUAAUAUUUUCUGCUGUGAAUUUUUUUUGAGGAUUUUUUUUUUUUUUUUAAAUAAAUAAACCUUAUUUUUUUAAAGUUAUCAUAAUGAACCGUCCUGCUCCAGUGGAAAUAUCUUAUGAGUGUAUGCGUUUUCUAAUUACUCACAAUCCAACAAAUGCCACCCUCAACAAAUUCACAGAGGAGCUUAAGAAAUAUGGCGUCACCACUGUAGUGAGGGUCUGUGAAGCCACCUAUGACAAGGCUCCGGUAGAAAAGGAAGGCAUCCAAGUGUUUGACUGGCCAUUUGAUGAUGGAGCUUCACCCCCUACGCAGAUAGUUGAAGAUUGGCUGAAUCUAUUAAAAAACAAAUUUCGAGAAGAACCACGUUCCUGCAUUGCUGUCCACUGUGUGGCAGGAUUGGGCAGGGCCCCUGUGCUGGUUGCUCUAGCGCUGAUUGAAUGUGGAAUGAAGUACGAGGACGCUGUGCAGUUUAUCAGGGAGAAGCGGAGAGGAGCAUUUAACGCCAAACAGUUGAUGUACCUAGAGAAGUACAAGCCCAAGAUGCGUCUGCGAUUCAAGGAAACCAACGGACACUGCUGUAUGCAAUAACGUGGAAUUGAACACAGCGGUUUAAACCAGGCCUUUGUGACCACGGGCAAUGGAUCAAGAUGAGUUGUAUGAUCCUACAACGGAAGACUGGUCUCUCACCUCCGUCCUUUCAAAAGCAACUGCAGUAGGUGCCACGUUCACCAAAAAAAAUAAAAAUGCAACUUCUAGUUUGUUUUCCUCCUACUUCAUUUGGUAAACGGACGGAUUAUAGAAUUUCUACAUUCACAUAUGUAAUUAAUGUUGACAUCAGCGUGCAGGGGAGAAUUUAAAAUGCUUGAGUAUAUAAAUAGUAUUUCUGCUCAAGUAUCGAAUAUUACACGGGACAGCAGAGCGCAUCUGUGAAGAUGUCAUUGAAAUCAUGUACACAAAUCCCUAUAUUGAAGUGCAGUAAGAAGAUACUGGGGCAGUUGAUUGGACCAAAUGAAUGUGAAGUUGACAAUAGUGUUUUUGUUUUUUUUUAAAUCCCUUCAGCUCAGGGGCAGGAAGAUGUGAAUAAAAUGUAGAUGACCCCCCUCCCCCAAAUAAAGCAAAUUUUGUGCAGGCUCCAACGUAAUUACUCCUUUUUCCUUUCUAGUAAAUGAUCCAAAGUGAGGUCUGCAGGACAGGUUGUGAGACUGAACAUCUGUACUGCUCAGGGCUCAUCGCAUCUCUUUGCUGCCAUAGCUAGUUGUAAUGACACUUUGUUUGAACACUGCCUCUUAGCCUUAAGCCAAAACCCCUCUGUUUUUUGGGGCAGCUAACCAUCCAAAAACACUUAAAGCAAAAUUAAAUCUUCUAAUCUCCCCUGAUUCUGUCCAAAACAAUACUUUCUGGUAUAAAUGCCAUAUAAUACAAGGCUGAUGCCAAAACAUAGAUGUGUCUGUGAUUUAAAAACCCGCAGCCGUAUUUUGCACUGCAUCUGUUAAACUGCUGCUUUAUUCUGGCAGCAUUCGGUGCUGCUUUCAUUGGGCUUUUUCUGUUACGUGCAAUCUCCCCCUUUUUUUGUUUUUGCCCUUCCCUCCCAUCUCCAUUGAAUCUCCCAGCUGAACUAUAGUAGAAAGUGUACUCUCUGUAACCUGGUUUGCAAGGUGUAUUGCUUGCCGUUGGGCAGCAGAAGUUACCAAUCUAAAUCCAAGCUAAUGAGUCAUAAUUAAAUUGCAGAGAAGGAAACGUGUACGAGUUUAUUUGCUUUAUUGAAACUCUAUUAUGCAUUGUUAGGGCAAGCUGCUGUGAAGAGAUGUAUUGUAUUUCCAAGCAAUCCUCUUACGUAAUCCCAACCUGCAUUAAUCAGGGCAGUUUCGCAUACACUCAAUAAUGCGCAAUUCAAUUGCGCUUCGGCCACGUAAUCCAAUAAAUUCCACAGUCCUGAUUUUUGGGACUGCAUAUUAUGUGCAAGCAAGAGAGUUGCAAUAUACUAUCACUGUUUAAGAACCUCAUGAACUUGAAAAUCUUGUGUUGCUGCUUAAAAAACAAAAAGAUCAAGGGAGUGAUGUAGACAUCACCAAAUUUCAUGUUGUCUAGUCCUGUCUGGCUGCAUUUUCUACAGAGACUUUGCCCAGUGAGUUUAAAAUGCUUUUCUCCCUUGUACUUCUGAAAGUGGGAAUGUUGUGCCUAAACUCCCUUUCUUCCCACUUAUGAUAGAAUAGUACUUACAAGGGUCAAAACAGCAAGUGCUUAUCAAUUGUAACUUAUUUUUAACUCGGUUUGUUUACUGCUUCUGUGAGAUGCAGUGACUAAAGGAGGUGUCGAGACAGAGGUGAUCGAAGUGUAAAUCAAGUGCUAGAAAAUACCUUGAUCUCAUGAAACGUGUUCAAUAAAUAUUUUACACAUUCUA